AUGCGAUAUUGCAAUUUACCAUUAAACAUCGAUGAUAGUCUACCUCGCUUGAAAUUCAAUCGGGAGGGAAAUCUGCUUGCUGUUACGACAGACGAUGGUGGUUUUAAAAUCCUCGCUAACGCGGAUAGUCUCAAAUACUUAAGGGACAUUGAAGCAUAUAUACAACGAUUCGACGCAAAUAACGGAUUAAUCUUUCAUCCUGUUCAGUAUCGAAUCGUUACUAUACCGGAGAAUAUGGGUCCGGAUAACAAGGUUGUUCGUCUUCGUUAUUCAAAUAACGGAGACGCUCUUCUAGCGCUUGGUUCGAAAGGGAUUCAGAAGCUGUGGAAAUGGAUCCCUAAUGCAUUGAAUCCUAUGGGAAUGGCGACUGCGAGAUUUGUUCCUAAAGAGUAUCGGCCGUCUAGUGGCUUUCUUCUAACUCAUGAUGUCCCAAACGACUCUGAUUUGGCGAUUCCAUGUAUAGACAUCUCAAGGAAUGAUGCCUAUGGCGUUUCUGCAUGUGGCGGACUCAUUUCGUUGUUCAACUUAAUAUCGUUUAGAGUUAUGACUAGUUUUAUGCAACCUCCACCAGCUGCAACAUUUCUCGCGUUUAAUCCUGAGGACAAUAACACUGUCCUAAUCGAAAGGGAAGAUUCGGAGAUUCAUAUAUUCAAUAUUCGGUACCAUGAGCUUAUAUCUAUAUUGAAGGGUCAUCAAAUGUACAUUACUGGUAUAGUUUUUUCGCGUCGACUGGAUACAAUGGUUUCUUCGAGCGCUGAUGGAGAGCUUUCGUCAUGGUGCAUGAGCACAUGGGUUAACAAGAAAUCAGUGUCAAUCCAAAUACCAGGUGGUAGAAAUGCAGUUGCUGGUGAGACUAAAGUUCAGUUUCACGUUGAUGAAGUGAAGUUGCUGGUGUGCCAUGAGACACAGAUAGCAAUAUAUGAUGCUUCAGAAAUGGAACUAAUUUGUCAGUGGCUUCCGCGAGACGGGUUGUCUAGUGCCAUAACCUCUGCAGCAUACUCCUGCAAUGGACAACUAGUUUAUGCUACUUUUAUAGAUGGAAACAUUGGAAUAUUUGAUGCAGAUAGCCUCCAACUAAGAUCUCGUAUCGGUUCGUCUGCAUACCUAUACCAGAACCCAUCAGACAGCCAAAAUGUGUACCCUCUUGUUGUAGCAGCACAUCCAGAAAAUUCAUAUCAGUUUGCAAUUGGACUGUCAGAUGGGUAUGUUAAGAUUAUAGAACCUACCGACUCUGCAGUAUGGUUGGGACAGAAAGUGCCUGUUAUAUGGUUGAUGGACUGUCUUUGCUUUUCUCAUGAUGAUAAGAGAACUCAUUUUGUUAUAUGGAAGAUGGAAGAAUUUGGAGUUGAAGAGUCUUGGGCUCAACUUCUUAGAAUCAGUUACCAGGAUCUUCAGAGUGUGCAUCAUGACGUUGUUGACUUGCAAUAUUCUCAAUGGUUGCCAUUGCACCUUUCUGAUCAUGCCAAUACACUGAUAUUGGCUAACAACCAAGAAAGGCAGGCAAUUCUAUAUAAUAUAAGAGACAAUAGAGCAGUGCGAACUAGAAUUACCGAUGAAAUACAAUGGUUCUCCGCUAAGGUCCACAUCGAAAGCUUGUUUUCUGACAUUUUGGAAGUAAGUGCCUCUUAUAGAGUAUAUACUUUUUGA